AAUGACGAUGAUUUGCAGGAGGUUUCAAAGGGUCAAGAAGAUUCUAUUCUCCAGUCGGAUAUGCAGCUGGUGGACAAGGAAGAAUGCAUUAAGACCUACGCAGAUGUAGUUACCGCCUCGAUGUUUUGUGCUAAAUACGAAGUAAUAAACCGUUUGAGCGAUAAUGGAGGCGCAGCCAUGUACAAGGGCAAGAUCAUGGGCAUCUCGUCGUACGGCGCCACACUCGAGGAUGCGCCUCACAUCGCCUUGUUCACCAACGUUUCCUACUUUUAUCAAUGGAUCAAAUUGAACACUGAGAGGCUGCUGACAAAACAUUGUUCGCAAGAAAAAGUAGACGUGCCUCCUCAUAAUGUGAUACCAAUGCACUCAAACAGUAUAUGAUUUUUUGAUGAAAUAUUUGAGAAGUGGUCUAAAUAAAAUCAAAUUAGAAUUUUAGGCCCUCACCUACACAAGGUGCUAACUCGCACGAUAUUCUAAUUAAAUACAUCGCGGACUGUUACGAAAUGUUACUAUUAAAAUCGCAUACGAGUUCGCGCGCCGCGCCGUCUAAGGGCCCAUUUAGACGGUACGGAAACUCGCAUACGAGUUCUAUUACAUUGCGGUAUUUGACGGCUGUGCAAAUUUCUAUGUAACUUCAAUAGCCCACAAUUAACUAAAAUCGCAUUCGAGUUCGCAUGCCGUCCAAAUCAGGCCUAAAUGAGCCUUGGGGUAGUUGUAAAAAAAUAGUUGAGUCUAGAUUUUUUUAGAUGAAUAGACAUUAUUUCUUUAAGAUUAGUGUCAUUUCAUUCUAUGUUAAACUCAACACCUGCUUUGAAAUAUUUUUAUUUAAGGUUUGAUUUAAGGUAGGACAAG